GCGGCAGGGUGAGGCGUGAGCAGUCCACAUCCUGUCGCGCCGUCAAGUAACUGCUACAUGGCCUGGUGCGCCCUGCGCAGCCGCCUCCACCCGCUCUCCCCCUCCUCCGCCGCCGCCGCCGCCGCGACGCCCCACCGGCUCCUGCUCUGCCUCCUCUCCACCGCGGCCCCGCGGCACUCCCACGGCCACCACCACCGCCGCCGCCACUCGCCCACCGCCUACGCCGCGGCCGCCGCCGAGUCGCCGCGCCCCAUGCCGCCCAUCGGCCGCGCCACGCGCCACCCCGCGGGGGCCACCCCCAUCGCGCGCGUCUACGCCGACGCCAACUCCCAGCGGCCCAAGGAGUACUGGGACUACGAGGCGCUCGACAUCGAGUGGGGGGAGCAGGAUGGGUACGAGGUGCUGCGGAAGGUGGGCAAGGGCAAGUACAGCGAGGUGUUCGAGGGAUUACGGACCGGGAGCGAAGAGAGGUGCGUCAUCAAGAUCCUCAAGCCCGUGAGGAAGAAGAAGAUAAAGAGGGAAAUAAAGAUACUUCAGAACUUAUAUGGCGGACCUAACAUUAUAAAGCUACUCGAUGUUGUCAGAGAUGAUGAUUCAAAGACACCCAGUCUGAUCUUUGAAUAUGUCAACAAUACUGACUUCAGAGUGCUCUACCCCACACUGUCGGAUUACGAUAUCAGAUACUAUAUAUUUGAAUUAUUAAAGGCACUAGAUUUUUCUCACUCACGGGGUAUCAUGCAUCGAGAUGUCAAGCCCCACAAUAUCAUGAUUGAUCAUGAGAAACGCCAGCUUCGUCUUAUUGAUUGGGGUCUCGCUGAGUUCUAUCACCCCAGGAUGGAAUAUAAUGUUAGAGUUGCUUCAAGAUGCUAUAAGGGCCCUGAAUUACUUGUGGAUUUGCUCGAUUAUGACUACUCGUUAGAUUUGUGGAGCCUUGGUUGCAUGUUUGCAGCAAUGAUAUUUCGUGUCGACCCUUUCUUUCAUGGUCAGGAUAACUACCAACAAUUAGUCAAAAUAACCAAGGUUCUUGGGACAGAAGAUUUCCACCGGUACCUUGAAAAAUACGGUCUUCGGCUUGACCCGCAGCUUGAAAUGCUUGUUGGAAGACACAGGAAGAAGCCAUGGGAGAAAUUUGUUGACUCAGGGAACAGACACUUAGUGAGCCCUGAGGCUAUUGAUUUUCUAGACAAGCUUCUUCGUUAUGACCACCAGGAAAGGCUUACAGCAAAGGAAGCCAUGGCGCAUCCCUAUUUCAACCCAGUAAGAGGCUCUGAAAGCACCCGGGAGAAUGUUCAAUAGUUAUUUGCACCAUUGUUGUGUGUAGAACCUGGCAUAUUUGACAAUUUUGAAAUAGCAUGUCGAACGUAUAGACUAACACAGAAUGAGUGUAUUCGAUUAUCAAGGGGCAUCCAUGGUUUAUCCAGAAGGAAAAAAAACCCGCCUUGAACGGCAUGUAAUUGUCAUGUCAUUUUUUUAUUUGAAUUAAUUCUUAUUUCGCUGUUGACUGCUCUGAAUUAUUUUUUAUCAAUAAGAAUCUAUGUCAGUUAAAAGUAA